AGCAAUGCUGUACGGAGGAGAGCCGGGUUCCCACAGUAAUUAAGUUCAUCGCGCGAUUAGCCGACUACACGGAGAAGAUCGUGUGAUCGUGUGGUGUGUCGUGGACGCUCUGGACGAGUGAGAAUAGUGGGGUUUGUGCUGGGGUUGUUAUUCCUGUGACUGUGGGGUGUUGAGUAGAGUUUGGUCAAAAUUCUCGCCGCACUAGUAGCGACCGAAAUGGCUGCGCAGCCAGUUUGUACCCGGUUUUCGGACAAUUACGAUAUCAAGGAAGAGCUGGGCAAGGGGGCGUUCUCGAUCGUGAAGCGAUGCGUACAGAAGUCGACGGGGUUUGAGUUUGCGGCCAAGAUCAUCAACACAAAGAAGCUCACGUCGCGGGACUUUCAAAAGUUGGAACGGGAGGCGCGGAUAUGCCGCAAGCUGCAGCACCCGAACAUCGUCCGGCUACACGACAGUAUUCAGGAGGAGAACUAUCAUUACCUGGUGUUCGAUCUGGUGACCGGUGGUGAGCUGUUUGAGGAUAUUGUGGCCCGUGAGUUCUACUCGGAGGCGGACGCGUCCCACUGUAUACAGCAGAUCCUGGAGUCUGUGAACCACUGCCACCACAAUGGAGUCGUGCAUCGAGAUCUGAAGCCGGAGAAUCUGCUGCUGGCGAGCAAGGCCAAGGGUGCGGCGGUCAAGCUGGCCGACUUUGGGCUGGCCAUCGAGGUCCAGGGUGACCAGCAGGCAUGGUUCGGAUUCGCCGGCACGCCCGGCUACCUGUCGCCGGAGGUGCUCAAAAAGGAACCGUACGGCAAGGCCGUCGACAUCUGGGCCUGCGGCGUUAUCCUGUACAUUCUACUCGUAGGUUAUCCGCCCUUCUGGGACGAGGACCAGCACCGGCUGUACGUGCAGAUCAAGGCCGGCACGUACGACUACCCCUCCCCCGAGUGGGACACGGUUACGCCCGAGGCGAAAAACCUCAUCAACCAAAUGUUAACAGUUAACCCCUACAAGCGAAUCACCGCCGCCGAAGCACUGAAGCACCCCUGGAUCUGCCAGCGCGAGCGCGUUGCCUCCGUCGUGCACCGACAGGAAACGGUCGACUGCUUGAAGAAGUUCAACGCCCGGCGCAAGCUCAAGGGCGCCAUCCUGACCACGAUGCUCGCCACCCGCAACUUCUCCAGCAAGAGCAUAAUGGCCAAAAAGGGCGACGGCUCCCAGGUCAAAGAGUCCACCGACUCGUCCAGCACCACCGUCGAGGACGACGACUGCAAGGCGCGCCGCCAGGAGAUCAUCAAGAUCACCGAACAGCUCAUCGAGGCCAUCAACAACGGGGACUUUGAGACGUACACCAAGAUCUGCGACCCGCACCUGACCGCGUUCGAGCCCGAGGCCCUCGGCAACCUGAUCGAGGGCAUGGACUUUCACAAGUUCAACUUCGAGAACGUGCUCGGCAAGAGCAACAAGGCCAUCAACACGACGAUCCUGAACCCGCACGUGCACAUCUUCGGCGAGGACACCGCCUGCAUCGCGUACGUCCGGCUCACGCAGUACGUCGACAAGCAGGGACACCCGCACACGGUGCAAACCGAGGAGACCCGGGUAUGGCACAAAAAGGACAACAAGUGGCAGAACGUGCACUUCCACGGCAGCCGCAACGGCAGCUUCAGCAACACCGCGACGCAGUACGACUUUGUGAACCACAAGUAAGAAGGGUGGCCGGCGUGAAACUUAAGAAAAAAUCAGAAAGAAAUAUGCUUGUUCGUUACAAAUAACUUAAUAAAGAAAAACACACUAGUUUAACGAUUCUAAUAUCAUUGUAACCAAAAAAACAGCUGUAAUGGCAAAGCGGCGCGGCGUCUCAAAACUAUUGUAAGCGGAAAGGAGUCAUUCGUGGGCGUUUAGCUUGAAUUUUAAGCCAAUAACGCCUGAAUGCAUGCUCCUUCAAGACAAUGUAUUCAGGCGUUUAUUGUUGCUUGUUCAUUUGACAGAUUGACUGAUUGACAGACUACUUACUCUGAUUUUUUGCCAGGUUUACCACUCCAACUUCACUAGUACUUACCGGUAAUUCUGCAUGUCUUCAAAUGCGCAUCAAAAAGAGCAACAAGUACCUCAACGCUGAAGUCCGUAAUUGAGAGCAGUUGUUCUCGAGAGCAGUUGUUUUGGCGUUUAUUUUUGCUCUUUUGACAGAUUAGCUGAAAUCUGGAGCGAAUAACGCCUAAAUUCAUAAUGUUUGAAUGGAUUGAAGUCCGUUGUUGAUUAAAACUAGUAACGUAAGAUUUGCACCUUUUCGAAUAACAAACUUCCGAUAUUAUUCUGGUUCUUUGCGUACAAUUUGAUAAACUAUAAAUUCAAAAGCUACACUAAAUAAACUUGAAUUUGAAAAACUAGGAUUGCACAUUUGGCAGAAAAUCCACUAGCACGUGUUGUCUUUCCCGUUGAUGUCAUGGGUUGCUAAGGUGGGGUUGCAUCUUUCAGAUUAAUCAGCAUAGUGAAAGCUUGACUGGUUGAUAGAACACUUUCCAUGACUUUCCGCAAUGUUGACUCACUUUUAAUAAGUACUUACCAGACAUUCAGCAAUCUUCAAGAAAAUUUCAAAACAAACAAGUAGGCAAUUGCUCUCAUUGGCCUCUACUAAUGAAGGUGAUUCCGAAAUUCAUGUGUUCACAAAACCUGUGACUUUCAAUUGUGACAGCUGAAAUCUGGAGUCCAUAACGCCUGAAUUUAUACUAUUGAAACUCUUUCAGAUGUGUGUUGUUGAUUUCUGUUGAUAGAUUGACUGAUUGACAAAUAGCUUACCAUGACGUUUCUCUGCUUUGCCUCUCGAAUUACACAAGUACUUACCAGAAAUUCAGAAAUCUUGAAGAAAAUAUCAAAAAAAGUAAUGAGUGCCUCAACACUCAUGCGCAGUUGCAGAUGUUUGUUCUCUUGAUCUCAACCAAUUUUUGAUUUAAAAAAGCGACCUCUGUGUCAUCGAGGGCAGUUGUUUUCAUGAGCAAAACUACAAUAAUUUUGAUAACAAAACCAACCUGAUCUAAACAUCACGAAUGACCACUUUCCGCCAACAAUAGUCGAAAUUUGACAAAACAGCGCGCCGCGCAAAAAUCAAUCCGAGAGACGUGAAGCUUUUAAAAACAAAAACACUCCCAAAAAGAAGCAGCAAAACUGUAACUGGAAAAAAAAACCAACUAAUUGCGCGCGCGCGCACUUGAGCAAGAAGCGUAUUUUCCUAGAAAGUAUGUUGAACAAUUUUAAGCAACAAAGAAACACACUCACACACAUUGAACAACAACACAUUUUUGUCGGUGAAAGAUCGGAUCUCUUUGAAAAGAAAAACAAAGAAGGAAAAAAACCUAUUGAAGUGGAGUAUAAACAAAAAAGUUUUGCAAUUUUUUAUGAAACAAAUUCAAAGAAAACAAGCAAAGAACGGCGUUCUAGGGUUAUAUAAAAGUAAUUAAUGAGACAACAAGAAAAAAGUGAAGGAAAGCAUGUUUAAAGCAUCAAAUUUCACUCACACAGUGACAGUUUCGUAACUCUCCCGUUUUUUCCAAGUAUAUAUUUCUCAAGUUCUCUCUAUUAUUCAUGUUUUAAAGAAACAAAACGAAAAAAUUAAAAGAAACUAAAUCAAGUAUUCAAGGUGUGAAUAAGACGAAGAAAAAGCAAAACAACAACAACCAAAAACCAAUCAAGUGGCACUCACUCACACUCACGCACGCAAAUCUACUACUACUGCUAAAAAAGAAAACAAAUUGUGCUCGUCAACAAGCUUGACAAAAACUUCGACUAAAGCGCCAACGCGAGCGGCAAGCUCUCUGUCACACACUCUCUCUCUCUUUUUCUAGAACACUUAAAAAAAUCAAUCCAGCAAAACAAAAGAGAGAACGCAAUAAAACAAAUUUAUUACAAAAGAAUAAAAAAACGCAUAACUAUCGUUAGUGCUGUGCUAUUCGAAAGAAUUAAAAACAUAGAGAAAACCAAAAAGUGAAAAGACAAAGAAGAAAUCACGAACACACACACUAACAUACAGUAACAACAGCGUGCCGAUUAGUUGUAUGUAGUGAGUGCGAGCCUAAAACAAUAGACGCAGCAGCGGCAUCAACAACAACACUUACACACAACUCACAAAUACACACACACAGACAAAAGUUGCUGAAAACAUAGUAAAAGAGAAAGAAAAGAGAGGUUGAAGGGGUUUAAAAACGUCGCAUCUAUGCUCUAAAUCGUCGCCAUAUUAGAUAGAAAACGUUUAUACACAUACUAAAAAGAAGGAAGAAAGGGAAACGUCACCUAAAAGAAAUAUUUUACACCACAACACAGACACACACGCGCGCAUUCUUGUAACAUACGGCAACAUCACCAAAAGUAAAAGAACACACACGUCACGCGCGUCACAAUUGUUCACCACUCUUUUUAAGUCACGUGUGUUCGGGCUAAAUAUCGACCAUCUCUCUUACUACCUACUCUCUGUAUAGUUUGUUGGUUCGUGUAGUGUGGAAACAAAAAAAAACAAGAGUUCCGGGUUCGAAACCCGGUGAUUGACCAAAUUUAGGCUAGAUUUUGAACGAAGACUGCGCGACUGAUUUGUUUGAAGCUGCGGAAGACAUUUGUUUGCGUGUGGUUUCGCAAUCCUCCGUCAAACGGGGAGUGGGCGCCGCUUUUUUGACAGCUGUCAGCUUGACAGUGGUGGCGCGACGCUGACAUUUCUAAAAGUGCCAUUGUUUUUUGCAUUCAAACUUUUCGGCACCCUCAGCAAACGUCAAAUCAGUACAGAGCUGCUGCCGGAUCUUAUUCCGGAUCUCUUCCGGAAAAUGUCCGAUGACGCAUUGUUUGGAUUGGCGUUGAAAAGUAGAGUCGAAAAAUGUAAACAAAGCACUUCUUGCAUCAGCUGAUGCACGAAGUGAUUUGUUUACCCUUUUUCGGCACCCUCAGCAAACGACAAACCAUACAAAAUUGUUGCCGGAUCUUUUCUGAAGAGAUACGGAAAAAGAUCCGGCAGCAAUUUGUACUGAUUUGACGAUUGCCGAGGAUGCCGAAAAGUUUGUUGUUACUGUUUGCAAAAGACAUUCAACGCUGUUUGAAAAGUUGACCUCAAACUAUCAGCUUGACAGUGACAGCUGUCAAUUUGACAGCUACCCCAAUGAGCCACACUGGCGUAAAUCAACGUGUUGAAUUUAAACGCUUUAAAUUUGAAUUUGACAAUGCCGCGUACAAAUCGAUUCCAAUUGGCCAGAACCGGAAGCCGUUCAGCGUCAACACUUUUGAACUUUGGCUCGCGGCAGCAAGUUUUGCCUAUUCAUGAGCUCGUUUGAUUUUCAAAUUGCGCCUCUCUCCUCGUGGAUUUAAGGAGAUUCCCCCACCAGAAACCACACCGCACACACACAGACACAGAUCGAUGUUGCAUCCCCCUUGUAGCGUCGACGGAAUAAAGAAACGUAGGAAAUCCGGACGAGGAGGGCGGGGUAGCGUUUUGACCUUAUUCUUUCGCAAAGAGCUUUCAACCAUAUUUGACAGUUUAGUUCGCCUCGUUCCCUUACUAAAAAAUUUCUUGAAAAGGAGCAAAAAAGCAAAUCGGUCCUACUAAAUAUACACAAAUCGUAGCGCGGAAAAAAGAAGAAUAUCAAAAAGAUUAAACGGCUCUUGACAGCUGGGAAAAACAAGCAAGAAAAGAUGUAAAAUCAAAGCGAUAGGAGGAGAUCAUCGAAGCGAGGGCUUGGAGGAACAUAACCAACAAAAACAAAACAAAGCAACCCUAGACAAACAGUAUCAAGUCAGCAGUGGGUCUUUGUGUCCCUUUUUUUAUCUCUCUCAAACCAUUGUACGUCGCCGAGUUGAGGUUAUGGCCCGGGUUGAUCCAACCAAAUCCUGCCCCAAAUUUGCUCGAAUCAUCAUUAUCGUCGUCGUUGCAACCAAUAUUAGUCUGCUCUGCACGCUGGAGAGGACACUUUUAUGUGACAUGUACCACGGUGGCGGGGGCGAACGGGGAGGCCCAUAAAAGCCGACGCAGCCUACUGCGAUGCCUUCGCCUUCGCCCCCCCUCCUCACCGAAUGAUGGUCAGUUCAAAUUUCCUGCACGGUUAGAAAAUGUCCACCCUGUUUGACAGCUCUUCUUCGCAAACUUGUGCCAAAGCAACGCAGAAGGUUGUGGUGCAAUUCAAUUAUCCUGACGGGGGGACCGUCCUGGUGCACACCGACACACACAAUCCGGAUAUGAUUAGGUCCGGUCGGGUGAUUGGAACGGACCUUUCUGGUCAGCGGACUCCGCUUUUUGAACGGCAGCCAUUUUGCUAGUCGUGUCACCCCUCGGUUGAGGGUUGACAACACUGCGCGCAGCGUUUUUGACAGUUGGGAGACCGUGCUGCCAGUUUUUCGUUUUCAAUUGGAACGGGGGGUAGCUCAAACGGAAAUUCCGACGGAUUAGGAGUGUAGUGGUGUAGGACGAUCUAAUCAAGUGUCAAGCUCAGAUUGAACAUGAUAAAUAUUGGCAGAAAUGUCGUCGUCAUCGUUCGGAGGAAUCGUCCAGCCGGCCGGUGCCGGCUGGGAUGAGUGAUGACAAGGAUGAAGGCAGAAGGAAGAGACUCCGGAUGAUGAAGAAGUAAAUAAGUUAACGAGUAUUGACGGAAUUCAUUGUUAUCGUCGACGGUGCGUCGUCGUUCGGUUCGGUUCGGCAUGAAAAAGAAGAAAAAGAAGAAUACAUCGAAGAAGUGCUCCCCGUUUAAGAAUUUAUGAUCGAGAGCCGUCGUCGGUUUCCCGGGAAAGUUCGGAUGGAUAUCAAUCUCAAGUAGAGUGCCCAGCCGGCUUGGGAAAAGAGGACGGAAGCCAGGACACCAGGACGGGCCUAAAUCAAAUUUUAAUGGUGUCAAAUCACGUGGCAAAGGAUGGACGAAAAAAAGGAAUCGACACUCACCUCUUCCUCGCCGGAACUUGGUGACCGAGGUCGCGCUGGCUUCUCCCUCCUGCUGCUGUGAGCGCAAUAUCCGCGGGACCAUAAAUGAUUUAUGUUUCCUCUCGAGAGUCCGGGGACACCAAAAAAACGACCGGAUAUCUUCGCAAGACAGCGCCGGGUCACAGCUGCGUGAGUCACCAACCGACCAGCAGGACCAUAAAUUUUCCCCCGGGGGGCUCAACCAGCCACGACGACGACGGGAAAAGAACAAACUUUGCCUCGUGGGGUCGAACACGGCUAUUCCAUUAAAGCUGUUGGGUUGGGUAGGACCGUCCCAGACAACGUGGCGGGAUUGGUGAAGGUUCUUGGGGUUGUGUUAUGCUUUUUUUCGCGUGCACUGGCAGUGCGAGGUACAUCGUCGUAAACAAUACCGCCGGUUGGUCGUUUCACGCAAAAUUGAAUUGAAAAUUGGUGUUGACUGCACUGGUGCGAUUGGGGUGGGAGUUGUUCCGGGUUGGGUUGGGGUCUGUGAGGGAGAAAAAGGGGAAAAACUAGAUAAAUAUCGAUGGAGGAUUUACUUUGAGGGAGGGAAAAUGUUUUCAAAAAAUACUAGAAGACUUAAAGUUGUAUUUGAAAUUAGAAUUGAAUUCAAAGAUUGGAAACAGAUUGCUCAAGAUGCAAAUCUGCUCUCAUGAACUCCUACCAUUUGUCACAAUAACAUCAAUCACUGCUGAAUACUCUCUCUUCUACUCUUCCUCUCUUACUCUAAUCGGUUGGUUUGCGAUUGGCUCAGACAGGAUCGCGAUUUUUUUUUCUGUUAACACAACAUCAAAGCCACAUUUGACAGCAACUUCAACUUCUCAAAACUCACAUUGACGGCCAACUGUGGUGGUGCAGGUCAAACGAGUGCCCCGCUGGUAUUUUGUCAGCUUUGCUCCUCUUUGAGCAUGCGCGUCAGUGUGAGUGUCGGGCGGCGAGCGAAGUAGGCCAUGCGAUCCACGAAGCAUUUGAAUAGCUUGCGAAUCGUGGUAACUCACGAUUGAUUGCGGCAGGGCGAUUUGAGCGAUUUGAUCGGAAAUGAGUGAGUUAUUUCUGAUUUUUUACCCUAAAAUCAGGGUCUUCGAGUUCAGUGUUUUGGACGACUAAUUUUUCCUGCUUUAAAAAUUUUCAGGGAAACGGGAAAAAACAUUUUUGAAAUCCCGGAAAUUCCCGGGAAUCUGGGCAGUUGAUUUCGACACGAAAAUCGAACACUAAAUUUGCAAAACAAGUUGAGAGCUAUAAUAUUCAAACAUGCUUGAUUGAAAAGAAAACUGAAAAACAAGUCAUAUUAACUCAAGAUUUUGAAUGAAAUUGACUGAAUCAUAAUUUGCCCAGAUCAAAGUGUAUUUGGAUGAAUAUUUGAUUAAAAAAUAUUCAUAUUUGGGAAGGGUUCAUUCAAAUAAAAUUGAUUGAUAUUAUACCCUGAUUUGAGUUGUCGAAUGGGUAGAUUCAUUUCCAGUAAAAAAAAUCAUGCCAAAAAAAUAAUUGUUUAUGCCAGAAAAAUGUUUAACUUUACCUCUAAAAAUGUGUAAUUUUACCACUUUUCGAGUGAAAUAUAACUUUUUAUAGUGUAAAUAGAAGUAAAAUUACACCAGAAAGAGGUAAUAUUCAACCUUCUAGAAUUACACUUACAAAAGUUAAACAUUUUGUUUACUGUGUAGAAGACCAAUUGACAAAUUUUAAGAUAUCCUAGAUCUACAGGAACAAGUUGGAGUAGUUAAAAAUACACAGUAAAAAAUAAUUUAAAUAUGGAAGGUGUAAUUUUGGAAGGUAAAAUAUUACCUCUUUUAUGAUGUAAUUUUACCUCAAUUUAGACUGAAAAAGUGACAUUACAGCAGAAAAGUGUUAAAAUUACUCAUAAAAGAUGUACCCCUUUCCAGAUGUAAUAUUACCAUGAUUUUUUUACUGUGUAUGUAAUUAUGGAAGGUAUUAAAUUAUUAAGUUUAAUAUAACCUCUUUUAUGAUGUAAUUUUACCCUAAUUAUAAUGCAAGAAUUAAAAUAACACAUAAUCAGAGGUAAAAUAGAAUAAAAAUAUUACACAUUUUUUGAAAAAAUACAUUUGGGGAUGGCUACAAUUUCCUCUGAACUAUUAACAGAAAAGAUGUACCCAAUCCAUGAUGUAAUUUUUAUCUCAAGAAAUGUGCAAUAUAACACAAUUUGUGUAUUUUUACCUGUUAUAAUGUGUAAUCUAUUUAUUUUUAAUUAUGAAAAAGAGGUUACAUAAAACCAUUCAAAUUCACACAUUUUUUACUGUGUAACUAAACUACACAUAAAAAUACGUGUGAAUUUACUCGACACGGAAUUAUGCAUCACAUAUAAACUCGGUUCAAAUUCACUGUAAUUGGAGCCUGACAUUUCAAAAGGGCACAAAACUUUGUAAACAAUUGUGUAUCCCUUUCACUUAAAUGACAGUUUGCAUAAGGUGUGAGAGGGAUACACUCUUGUUUGCAAAAGUUGUGUGCCCUUAUGAAAUGGAAAGCACGAUGUAAACUGCAUGUAAAAUUUAAAUGUUUAUCGACGUGCAAAAGAUUUACAUCAUUUAUGAGAAACAUUCGGAUUUGUUUUUUUUUCUGUGUUAACCAUCUCAACAGAAGGUUUAAACAAAUAAUGAUAAAAUCUGGGAAUGUGAGCGAAUUUUUGUAUCAGAAAAAAAUGUGUAACAUUGUAUAAAUAAAUUUUACAAGCUUUUGUGGAAUUUAACCUAAUUCACAUAAAUUGAGGUAAAAUUACAACCGAAGAGAAGUAAUAUUCAACCAUCACCAUCAUAAACUCUGCUCGAGAUUUCGUAAAUGGCUAUAAAAAAAAGGCUGGGAAAGUCAAUUCAAUUUUCAAUGACUCACCCCCAAAAAAGAGUAAAAAAAAAUGAUUCAAAACUCAGAAUUGAAUAUUCUAGAAGAACGAACGAACGAACAACAAUAUGAACAUGUGUAAAUUUACAUAUUUCAUGUGUUUUCCACAUAAUUGACGUAAAAUUACAUCACAUUGCACGAUUGCAAAUUCUUCAAAAUUUACCUUGAUUUAAGUUCAUCCUCACUCUGGUGAAAUUCAUCGCAGACAAGUUAAAAUAUGUAACAUUACAUCGGAGAAUGUAAACUGCUUUUGUGUCAGAAAAAAAUGUGCAUUACUUCCUCUGCAAAUGUGUAAAUUUACAUCCAGUAAUAUUGAGCUCUCCGUUUACCUUCUAAAUUAAGGUAACCUAAAAUUAUUUUUUUCUGCUGUGUAGGAAAAAAACCCAAUGUAAAAAAGUUGAAUUUUGGAAGGUUUUAAAUGUAAUGAUUGAAAAAGUCCUUCUUUUUUGUGUAAAUUUACCUAAAUUAAUGCGUCAAAAAGUGAACUUCAAGAGGAACUAAUGAAAAUUUCACCAGUUGCUGACGUGAAAUUGCACUUUUUUACGCAAUUUUUUUUCAAGAAUUCAAACACAGUCACUUGAUUCUCGUCAGAAAAAAAAACAUUCGCACAAAGCACGUUCGUUUGGCAUUCUAUCGAAAUUCCAAUCACCUUUCCAAGGACUGCAUUCAAAUGAUUGCUGUCACCACGCACCAGCAACAAAGAGAGAGAUUGAGAGAGAAAGUAAGUGAGAGAAUAUGCCCUCGUACCGGGCGGCUGCUUGAGUGCUGAGCACGGUUGCGUUCGUUUCGACUUUGUGUGCGUUUAUUGACGGUCGCUUUGAAAUUAUGAUCAUGGCAGGCGCUGCAAUUUGAGUGUUCAAAUAUGGAGUAUGAUAGCUGACUAAAGGCACUUUCAAGUGUCGCUCAGUCACUGUCAAUGUCAAACCCUGCUUGUAUGUGAUGAAUAAAAAAAUAAACCAAUAUAAAGUUGUUGGAGUUAAAAAUGACGUACAUUUAGAUGUUGAAGAAAUGGUGGAAAAUUGAUCAAGCUUGAGUUCAUCACUGUUGAAUUGAGUUUAACUUUACAGUGACUUAGAAUGAACAUAACUCUUUGAAAUUUGGUUCACUAUCAGUGUUGCUAGAAAUUUUUAGAUUUUCAACCAAUCAAAAUGGAGACGCCCGGUGCCCCCUCCAAACUUAAUGAAGCAUUCAAAGUUGAUAUCUCCUUAUCGAAUAUCGAGCCGCAAGAGUUUGCGAACGUAAUAAAUUACGUCCCCCCCUUCUCUCCCGAUUUAUGAAAACGAGACUACAACAAAUUGUCCCUUCUUCCCCAACUCCCAUUUUUUCCAUCCCUUCCGGCGCAAACUACCGGGAAACAACUCGAAACCUUGUCCUCCUCAACCCCACCCCCUUAAACCAACCAUCUUAAAAUUGAUUACCUCGCCUCGCCUCGCCGCCCCGUUGAUCCCUGCGACGACGCAAAAUGAUUGAUUUUUCAAGGGUUUACUCGAAAAUCCAAUAUCGCUAGCCCGCGAGCAACUCCCUCUCUAUCUCUGAACAACUCGACGACGACGACGACGACUGACAUUAAUAAAUCGCUGCCGCGGUUCACCACCUUUCCACCGCCACACUGAAGAAAGUUUGAAGUUUGAACAUUUGUUUGAGGUAGAAAAAGCUUUAAUGUCGAAAAAUGUUAAAAGACCACAAACAAACAGACUGAUUGCCACCAAGACAAGUUUUUGAAUCGAAUUAUCUAGUUUAUGCGUGUAGAAAACAAAAGUUGGCUAAAAACAAAACAAUAAAAUUGGCAUCACUGCAAAGCAUUGCGAGAGGCUGCUCUCGCGCUUGCCGCUCUCUCUGCUUUGCACUCUCUCCUUUUUGUGCGACGCUCCGCACGCAGUGACGUCACGAGUUGACAUCUUUCGCAGCAGAAGCGCGCGUGAGCGCGAGAAAAGUUUAACAAAAGUCUGCAAGCGCGCGCGUACAGAUCUUUCGGCUAACUACUACCAAGGGUACGACAACGAUAAAAACAAAUCGAUUCGCGAUUGCGACCUGGGCCAAGUUACGUCAGUUUAGUUGGA